AUGACGAACUCGCCCAACACAACUGAAGGACGGAUUGAAAAACUUGUUGGAAAGGAUCCCUUACGUUGCGUUCCAAUCUCAGUCGCAUAUAACGGCGCAGAACUUGUUCCUCGAUUGGAAAUAAUCCACGUUUUGUUCGACAGAUUCGUGGCUAGAGAAAUGGCUAGCCGUGAUCGCCUAGUCGCUGAAAUGCAGAACGCCAUGAGGGAAAUAGAGGAGGCGUGCGAGAGGUACCACAGGACGAGGCCAAGAAGGGAAUAUGUGCGCCUGGAACACGUUCCGUUCUUGGACGCCUACAUGCAAACGUUUCCUCCACUAUACGAGACGACGCCGAUGGAGUUCAAUCUGCGGCUAGCCGGGUCGCUGAACCAUCCAAUAAACCACGCCUCACCCAUAUCACCGGGCCAGAGACUUUUUACGUUUAUGAGGUGA